UUUUUAUGCAUUUUUCCAUAAAUAUACGUUUCCGCUUAUCAUAAACGCCUCUUUCAUGUGAUAUAUAUAUAUUAUAUAUACAGACUAAUGGCAAGAAGCAGCCUAUCAGUACUGUUGAUGCUUAGGAUUAAUGUUAGACUUGGUGGCUUGAUCUUCAUAUAUGUCUCCGAAAACAAAGCUGUGUAUCUAAGUAGUAGUAGUACAAGUGGUGAUGAUGUGAUGCAUGAAUUUUCUAGUGUGAAGAAAUCCAGGUUUUGCUUGCUCUAACCUGGAUUGCUUGUGACGCCGUUCCGUUAGGCUGACCAUCAAAUGAUUUUACAGCAAUCUGCAUAACAGUUCUGCUCUAUUACGGUGGGACGAAACAUCUUCAAACUGAAGAUGUUCAGCGUCUCCGUGUCCGUCACCAGUAUCUCUGCAGAAUUGUUUGCAUGCAGUGGAAUCAUCGUGCAAGUAAUUUUUAGGACCGACAGUCUUUUUGGACAUUGGGGGAAUCGUCUUUCAAUGAGUAAUGCCAUCUUGGUACAGUAGUUUCAGUGACCAAGGAAUUUACUACAAAUGUCAUUCCAGUGGAUUUCAUUUUGUUCACGGACUCAAAGAACCAAUGGCUCGAAGCUGUCGGUGAUGUGACUCAACAUAUUUCUCAGUGUCUGAAAAUCACGGUAUUCACUUUUCGCGUAGCCUUUGGAUUGAAUGGAAAGCAAGGAGUUGGUCGGCUCUUGACUUGGCACCAUGGGUUAAGUGUAGGUUGUUUGGUUAGUAUGGGACUACGCAUCACAGUUCUGAAAGGUCAUGCGACUCGUUGGCUUGAGACAUCAUCAGAUAUGACUCGUAAUCAAAAUCAGUUUCCAACAUGCUGCAAUCCGCUCAGUUUCCCUUUUCUGAAAGCAGUCCGAAGUAUUGUUCUUGCUAAGUGUGUUCACCUGUUUUCAUUGUUGUUCUGUGCAUGUUCUCUUAUAUUUUUGUUUGGCUAAGUUUUAGAAUCCGCUGUCAGAAGAGUUCUCAAAAAUAACCUUUCUUCCGACAACCCAAAACUCUGAAGAUUAUCUCGUUAUAACGACUAGUCUUUCACGGUAUAUCGUCUUCAGAGUUGAAAGGCAGCACAGCUAGGGUGCUAGUCUUCGUGACCACUGUCCAAAAAGCAGUACAUAUUCAUUCACAAAUGUCAACUCUCGUUCUGUUGUGUCUCUAUCUGUCUCAGCAUAAUGGUAUUAGAAGUCAUUUUAACAUCUUUUGUCUGUAGAUUAUUGGGACACAUAAACAUCACAUCAAAGCAGACGAUUAAUUCAUAUUUUCAAACUGUGGUUGUGCUGGCUUAUUGUGUCACAUGCGGAUUGGAGCAGUUCUAAAAUUAGGUGUUGAAACACAGCAAACGAUUUCAAUUGUCUUGAGGAUAAAACAGUAUGGUGAAACUCGAUGUUUUAUCCUACCACCUUAUCUGGUAUCAUACCCUAUCCAUUUAUCUCUAGUAAAUAGUGUAGUCUCACCUUUGGAGAAUUUAAGGUGAUUGAAAACCUAGUUUCAGUUUAUUUUGGAAUCGGAGCGCCAUGUACUGCUUGCAAUACAUCAUCAGCGCUUCCGACGAACUUAGUUGAUUCGUGUAUCUGUUGGAAACGGCAGUCGCCUGAGGCUUUAGCGUAGGAUAAGUUAAAUUGUUCACAUGUAGUUUUGUGGAUGAGUACAGUACGUGCUCCAUGGUAUUUCGAAGGCAAAACUUCUGGUGUGGACUGUGGACCGUUUAGUGUGCCUCACAACGUUACACUACAAUAUAUCGAUACAAAAGUUAAUACGCUUGAAUCAUUCUAUUAAAAUUUGUCUAUCACUUUCACAGUAACAUCUGUAUUUCCUUUCAGUGAGUAAAUGUGUGACCAUAAUAGUGGAGGCAGUAGUGGCCACUGUUGUCAUUCUCACAAAAGUGAUGAAUCUUCAUCAUUCAGUCUGUACAAGUUUAUUGAUGUGCAGAAUGUAGAGUGUCUAAACGAAUCUGUUUCUGGAAGUGGCAAACUUGUUUUUAAACCAUAUGAGGACCGUAAAGAUUCAAGUGUUUAUGUCGAAAGUGAUGCUGAUCAGGAAUUACUUUUUAACAUACCAUUCACCGGAAAUGUAAAGUUAAUGAGUAUUAUCAUAGCUGGUGAAGAUACAGAGCAGCAUCCAAGUCGAGUAUCGUUGUAUAAAAAUAAACCAUUCAUGACUUUUGAAGAUACAGAUACUGAGUGCGAGCAAAUUCUUGAACUAACUGUCGAUCCAAAUGGUGAAGUAAUUUAUCCUUUGAAAGUUGCACGCUUUUCUAAUGUUCAUACCCUGAACAUUCACGUGAAGACCAAUUAUGGAGGUGAUACAACGCGAAUUCAUUACAUCGGUUUAAGAGGUGAUUAUACUCCAGCGCCUAGAAGAGGAAUCGUUAUAGCCAAUUAUGAGUUAACUCCAAAUGUUACUGAUUUAAAAGACAGUAUAGUGCAAACACAAAGUCGUUUUGUUGAAUAA